UAAACAAUUUGGCCGCCGCUCGCGUUUAGUUCUCUUUCGCGUGCGCCAAAACCAAGUAACAAAGUUAACAAGUGGCCGGCCGAAAUAAAUUUCGUUUUUCGGCUUCGGUUUCGGUUUCAGUUUCGAUUUUUUUGCCCAAACGCACUGGGUUUCGGUUUCGAUUUCGGUUUCAAGUGUUACAGAUAUUUUUUGAAGUGCUCGAUUGAUUGGCCGAUUGAUUAGCGGGCCACGUGAAACAUGCACUUCGGUUGGUUGGUCGGCAUCCUGCUUUUGGGCCUGGUUCUGGUCCAGGCCGAGGACCCCAGCUCCGGGGAUGCACCCCACACAAGGCACAAGCGCGGGAUCUUCUGGGACUUCUUCCAGAAGAUGGUCAUCACCAAGAACCUCAUAGUGGACCAAUACACGGACACGCGCAACACCCUGAAUGACAUCUACAACACUGUCAACGAGCAGUUCAGCGACCCGGGGCCCGAGAAACCCACCAGUCGACCUAGGGUGACCACCGAGAAAACUUCUAUAAGUGGCGAGGAGGGUGGCAGCAACAGCGAGGAGCCCACCACCACAGAGGCCUUCACGAUUUCCCGGUACGAGCUGGGCCGCAUCCUGGGCAGGAACUUCCGGGGUCUUCAGAAGCUGGCCAUGGCCGAGUUCGACACCGCCCUCAACGCCACCAAGUACAACCUGGCGGAGUACAAAUCAGAGGCCGACAAGCAGUUCGCCAACAGCUUGGCGGUGGAGAAGAAGAACAAGCUGAAGAGCCUCAAGGGCUGAGCCACGCCCCUUCCCAGUGCCUGAAGAUAGUUACCUCUGUGAUAGGCUGAGGACCGUAUUCCCCUGUUUUUUUGCGUAUUUAUAUAUAUUUUUAUCGAAUAAAGGCGGAUGUGAGUGCGGCUGGGAGGUGUCCCCGGACGCCUGCGGAUUCGUGUCUGCGACUAUUGUGUGUCAAAUUAAAAAGUUUUCUGUCAUAAUUUUAUUGAUAAACUUUUAAGACGAAAAAGGAGCACCGAAAAAGCGGAAAACAACCCCGAAGCGGAAGAGAGUCACAGAAGGGACCAGGAUGAAAAUGAAAACAUUGUAAGACCGGGAAAAGCAAGCAUAAAUUGAAAGUCUGCCCUUGGACUUUAUAAGGUUUCUACGGCACCUAUUUCUCAAUGUUGUUAAUACAUUAAAAUAUAUUAGUCUAGUAUUAGGCAUGAGUUUGGUUGUUGCUAGGUUAAGUAAAUGUAAUAAAAACGAAAUA